CAAACCUUUUUCUUGACCAGCACCAGUGAUGAAUUCUUAAUCUCAUAUAUGCUCUAAUCUUGUCCUAGUUUGCAUAUUCCUUCAAAAGCAAACGGCUAUCUGAUACAAAGUUAUCUAUGCCGGGAUAGUCAUAUCGGUCCGGAUCUAUGCCCCGAACUCGGGAGUCUGCCGCGAGGCAGCCUCCGCCGGAGAAAGGAAACGAUCCAGUCACCGUGCUGGUGACUGGCUUUGGGCCCUUCCUAAGCAAAUACCCCCAAAACUCCUCCUGGGAAAUCGCCUCCACACUCCCCGCCCUCCUCCCCGCAACCCCCUCCAACCCGACCCCCAUCCACAUCCACGUGCACCACGAAAGCGUGCGCGUCGCCUACGCCAACGUCGUCGACCUGAUCCCGCGCCUGCUCCCGCCCCACAACCCCCUGUACCCGCGCCCCGACAUCGUGCUGCACAUCGGACUCGCCGCGGGCCGCAACUUCUACACGCUGGAACGGGGCGCGCAUGGACGCGGCUACGGCGCGAUCCCGGAUGUCGACGGCGACCGGUUUCCGGACGAUGUCGCGGAUGCGAAGUUUCCGCCCGAGCUGUUUCCGCCGGUGUUGACGACGUCGCUGGAUGCAGGGGAUGUGCUGGGGCGGUGGAGGGCGAAUUUGGGGUAUGCGGCAGCUGACGAGGACGACGAGGUUAAGAAGAGGAGAGAGAGGCUGCCGGAUGUGCGGCUGAGUCCUGAUGCGGGGAACUUUCUGUGUGGGUUUAUAUACUACAAUUCGCUUGCGCAUUACUUUUCUCUCAAGGAAGACGAGAGACCGGUUGCCUUUCUGCACGUACCCGAUCUCAGCCAGAGCGAGGAGCAGCUGGCGGUGGGGAGGAAAGUCGCGGUGGCGCUUAUCAUGGCGCUGGUUGAAAGUAGGAGGCACGUGGGCGUUACCGAUGGCGUCGAGAGGGUUGUUAAGAGUGAUGAGAUGCGAGGAGAAAGAGCGGGGACGGAUGUAAAUUUUGCGUAA